AUGUGCAACAAACAACUGAGAAUUGAACCUGUGUUUCUGCUGUCAUGUGGGUCUUUCAAUCCAAUUACUGUAAUGCACAUGCGAAUGAUGGAACUAGCAAGAGAUAAGAUUGAAAAUAUGCAUUUGUCAACAAACGAAUCUCAUCAUGUUUUGUCUGAGGAGAAUAACCAGUUCACUCAAAAAGAAUAUAGUGAUGACCAUCCAAUAAAUUAUGACCAUCAGACAGUCGUCGUUGGUGGUAUAUUCAGUCCUGUGUCCAAUCUGUAUGAAAAGAAAGGUCUCCUACCAGCCUCUAUACGCGUCGAGCUUACACGAUUAGCCUGUAUUUCUGCAUCCGACUGGUUGGCCGUAAGCAAUUGGGAGUGUUCACAAUCAAGUUGGUUGAGAACUCGAGUGGUCUUAGAUCACAUUUAUAGUGUCUUGAAUAAUACGUACUCGAAUUUAAGUAACAAUGACGAAACUGAAAUUGACUCAGUUCCGAGAAAAAAGACUUGCUUCGCACCAAGCAAUUUUUAUCCCACUGAUCGUUUAAUUAAUGAAGACCACGAACAAACGAAACUUUCAUCACUAGAAGGCAUGGCGACUGACCUCUGGCUUAAGAGUUGCUUUCAUCUUGACUCUCUUAUUGAUGUUAGUAACAUAAAAUGUAGCGAAAAUCAAGUACAUAAUGCUAAUGAUGAUCAUUUCAACAGCAAUCUCUUCACUUCAUUAUCAUCUGUAGAUAGAUCAUGUUACUGUCGCAAAAACAAUACCUCAAACGUUUUGCUAUCAAAGCCUUGUGUGAAAUUAGUUUGUGGUGCUGAUCUUCUGGAAUCAUUCAAAACUCCAAAUUUGUGGUCAGCAGAAGAUAUUGAAACGAUUGCUCGUGACUAUGGUAUAAUUUGUAUUAGUCGACCUUCAUAUGAUCCUUUAAAAAUUGUCAAUGAAUCAAACAUUUUGAGCAAAUAUAAGGAUAAUAUAAGUUUAGUGAUAGACAAUUGUCAGAAUUCACUAAGCUCUACUUUCGUACGUCAUGCUUUAUCAAAUGGUAAAAGUGUACGUUACCUCGUUCCAGAUCGUACUUUGGAAUAUAUUUAUACACAUAAAUUAUAUGAUGCCAAAAAAAGAUGUGUUAAUUUACUUGAAUCGAAGACUAGAACAGAAGUACAACACUAA